AUAAUAAUAAUAUUAUAUAUAAUUAAAUUUUUUAUAUAUAGACAUAUAUGAAACAUCGAUAUAUUUAAAAAAAAAUUGAAAGGAACGGUUGAAGUUGUUCAACAGUACAAUACAAUACCAGGAUUGCAACACUGGAAUCAUGGGUUAAUGUGCAGCUUAAAAAAACAAAAGAACAAAAAUGUGGAAUCACCUCACAUGCAGGAUGUUGAUUAAUUUUACCGCUCAUGUAUUGCAUCUAAUUGACCUUUUAUUAAACCUGUUUGGGGGUUAUUGACUAAUCUGUUUGUCUGUUGGCAGAAUUCCUAACAUGUAACUGGACACGCACACUAUCCUGUAACACUUUGUCUCAGCAUGUUUUCCCUCGCAGAUUUAAGUCAUUAUUAUUCUUUUUUUUUCCUUUUGGACACUUGUAUGACUGUCAGGUUUAGUCAUGUGAGUACUUUUGUUAAUCCAAAGUUAUUCUAAUGGGCUGGCAUGAACCACACAGAAAAUUUCCCACUGAACAGUAACUCCGAUAUUGCACAACCGCUUCUGGAGAUAAGGAAGUGACUCACUACACUGAGGUAUAAAAGAGGAGGACUCUGCAGCUCUGGAUUCAAACAGCAAGCAGAGAAAGCAGCAGAACCUUGAAGAGCAAAGAAAAGUGAAUAACUCUGAAAGUUUAACUCUCUUUUUUUGCCUUGGAUAGGACUUAAUUUGCUUAACUUUUUAGCUUCUUUAGAGCAUACUUUGAAAGGCAAAAUGAUGAGCAACAAAGUUGUCGUUUUAUGCGCUGUCUUCUUGGGCUUUAUUGCCAUUGCUGAAGCAAUGAGCCUGAGAAGUUUGGGAGUGGAGCUGCACUGCCGCUGCAUCUUGACAGAGAGCAAACCCAUCGGGCGCCACAUUCAGAAGGUUGAGAUCAUUGCUCCCAACUCCCACUGUGAAGACACAGAGAUCAUUGCCACACUGAAGAAGACAGGCCAGGAGGUUUGCCUGAACCCAGAGGCCCCCUGGGUAAAGAAAGUCAUUCAGAAGAUCAUGUCAAGGAGAAAUACACAAUAAUGCAUCUGCCAUGGUUAAACCUGCGUAUAAUGAACUCACCGUCUUGUUUUGAAAAUGGCAACAGACUGUGGACACAAUUUGUUUGUAUCAAACAUGCAUUUCUAUACUUUUCUUGUCUGUAUAUUUUAAUGAGUUUGUACAGUUUUGUUUUUUUAUAAGACUUAACAUCUUUGUCUCUUGAGCUCUAAGAUAUUUAUUUAUAUACUGCAUCUAUUUAUGAAUUUAAUAUUUGAUUUAUCAAAUGAAAUGUCAAUAAAUUGAAAUCUAAAGAGGAAACACUUUGAGAAGUUUUGAUGUUUUUUUUGUCCUGUCACAUUGUUAUUUAUAUUAUGACAACUAUGCAAGAGUUUAAAAGGAAAUAACUCAGUAGGGGUGGGGUUAUAAACAGUAAGCUUGCUUUCAACCAAUAAAUCAAACUUGACUUCACUUCUUUGUAUUUGUUUUUUAGAUCGAUAAAUGUAGUCAUUUCUUAAGUGACUUUGAUAUAUCUUUGUGAUUACUUAUAUUUUUGUCUAAAAAUAUUGCUUAAACCAAAAAAAUAAAAUCUAAAUUGUAUUUUUUAUUAGAAAACAAGCAUAACAAGCAAGUCUUAAUACAAUAAAAUAAACAGAAAUUCUGUUCUGUACUAUAUUUUCUUAAAAAAUUUGAGUUACUUGAAAAGUUACAGAUCUCUACAUAUUGUUUUGUAGAUUUGGAUAAAGUGAAAAACUUUAAAAACAAUCAAUUAGAUUGUCUUGAUGACAAAAAAAAUUACGAAAAAUACUUUUAGAUGUUUUCAGAGAGAAAGAAGUCAGGAGAUGAGACUCAGAAUUUUCCUGGAAGAAAAAAUACCGCCCACUAGAUCAGAAUUAGAACCACCAGGGGCAAUACUAAAUCAGGGCAAUAGCAUGAAUGACCUGAGAUAAACUGGAGUCUGUGUUGAGUUAAGGGUAGAGGUGCAGAUGCAUGCUCCUACUUACCCAUCGAAGCUCUUCAUGAUAGAGAAAUAAAUGCAACAGAUGGUGACUAUUCAAACAGCCAAUCAGGAAUGUGCAGGUCACCCAUGAGAUACAUCGGAAAAAAUAAACUGUGGAUGGAACAUGCGAUAAAAAAUGGCAACAGAUGAAUAAAAAUAAAAAAAAA